AUGCCGCGCUACUAUUGCGACUACUGCGACACGUACCUCACGCAUGACUCGCAAGCCGGCCGCAAGCAGCACAAUCGCGGCUGGAAACACCGCGAGAACGUCAAACUGUACUACGAGCAGUUCCUGGCUGGUCAGGGGGUCGUGAUGACGCCCGGCGAGUGGCUGCGUGGACCACUGCCAACCGGUUCCUUACCGCCUCGACCCAGUGGACUCCACAAUGGCGGAAUGGCCGGUGGAUAUCCGCCUCGGGGUGGCCCUCCUCGAGGUUUGAUGCCUCCUUUGGGGAUGCGGCCGCCCAUGUUUCGCGGGCCUCCUCCACGUGGGCCUCCCAUGAUGGGAGGCAUGGAUUUUAGAGGACUACCGGGACCCGGAGGCAUGGGCAUGCCGUCUCCGCGGUCGAUAUAUGGACCACCAUCAGGCGCCUAA